CUAAACUACAGCUAACACUGCAGCCCCAAGAUCGAUCGAGCGUCCACAGCCCCAAGGAACAUAGUAUAACAUGGCCCCAGCCAUUUCCAAGCCUCUCCUUACCGAUCUCGUUGCACAGAUCGGGAAGGUCCCAUCGAGCCACAUCAGGCCUGUCGGAGACCGCCCGGACCUCGCCAAUGUCGACAACGAGUCCGGCGCCGGGAUCCCGCUCAUCGACCUCAAGAAGCUCAACGGCCCGGAGCGCCGUAAGGUGGUGGAGGCCAUCGGCAAGGCCUGCGAAUCCGACGGCUUCUUCAUGGUGACGAACCACGGCAUCCCGGCGGCGGUCGUGGAGGGCAUGCUGCGCGUGGCGCGGGAGUUCUUCCACCUGCCGGAGUCGGAGCGGCUCAAGUGCUACUCCGACGACCCCAACAAGGCGAUCCGGCUGUCCACCAGCUUCAACGUGCGCACGGAGAAGGUCAGCAACUGGCGCGACUUCCUGCGCCUGCAUUGCUACCCCCUCCAGAGCUUCGUCGACCAGUGGCCGUCAAACCCGCCGUCCUUCAGGCAAGUGGUGGGCACCUACGCGACGGAGGCCAGGGCGCUGGCGCUGAGGCUGCUGGAGGCCAUAUCGGAGAGCCUGGGCCUGGAGCGGAGCCACAUGGUGGCGGCCAUGGGGAGGCACGCGCAGCACAUGGCGGUGAACUACUACCCGCCGUGCCCGCAGCCGGAGCUCACCUACGGGCUGCCGGGCCACAAGGACCCCAAUGCCAUCACGCUGCUGCUGCAGGACGGCGUCUCCGGCCUCCAGGUGCAGCGUGGCGGCCGCUGGGUGGCCGUCAACCCCGUGCCCAACGCGCUGGUCAUCAACAUCGGAGACCAGAUGCAGGCACUGAGCAACGACCGGUACAAGAGCGUGCUCCACCGCGUGAUCGUCAACAGCGAGAGCGAGCGGAUCUCGGUGCCGACGUUCUACUGCCCGUCCCCGGACGCGGUGAUCGCGCCGGCCGACGCGCUGGUGGACGACGGCCACCCUCUGGCCUACCGCCCCUUCACUUACCAGGAGUACUACGACGCGUUCUGGAACAUGGGCCUCCAGUCGGCCAGCUGCCUCGACCGGUUUAGGCCCGGAGGAUCGUUGGAGUGAGUGAACUACGCCGGCCACGACAGGGAAAAAAAAAUGAAGACCUUUUUGUAUUCUUGAGCAUCUGCCAAUAACUGGAUCUUUGAAAUCCUCCUCUGGACUGGAGUCUUGGAUUCCCUUCGGGUCCCACCUAACAUUACGUUGGGUCCACCCUGAAGAUGCAGACAAGGUUUAGGUUGACAAAUUCCGAUGUAAGGAUGAUUUUGUCCAACUUAUUACUAUUUCCUUGUGCUAAUUACAAAGUACAGAUGUAAGCUUCCACAAAACAUUGCUUUUGAUAGAUGUUGAUCCAUCCAUUACAAAUUCUAAGUUAAUUAGACUUUUCUGAGAAUAAAAAGUAUAUAACUUUUGUUAUGUACCUAAAUAUGGUCUCUUUUCAGAUAUGUAUCAAACACCAAUUGUUUAGAGAAGUAAUGGAAGUACAAACAAUGUAUGUCACGUUAUUGAAAAAAAGACAGGAGUUGAAAAUC